CAGGGUUCAAAGAGGAGGGAACAAAGUGACAUCUCAGGGUUACAUAAACUCUUCGAGGUUGCCAAAGAUUUAGGACGUUUGUGGAGACUGGAAGCCGGCGAGUGUCGCCAGACAGGAAAGAAGUUACAGCCCUUCCGAGAGCCAGCCAGCCAGCUGGAGACCCAGAGGCUCUGAGGACACAUCGACCAUGGCGCCUGUGCCCUACCUACUGCUGCUGCUGCUGCCACUGCUGCGCGUGUCUGCGGACGAACUGGAACCCUGCCAACUGGACGAUGAAGAUUUCCGCUGCGUCUGCAACUUCACGGAUCCGGAGCCUGACUGGUCCAGUGCCUUGCAGUGUAUGGUUGCCGUCGAGGUGGAGAUUCGUGGAGGUGGCCGCAGCCUGGAACAGUUUCUAAAGAAAGCCAACUCCGACCCGAAGCAGUAUGUUGACAUGGUCAGGGCUCUGCGAUUGCGGCGGCUCACGGUGGGCGCUGCACAGGUUCCCUCUCAGCUUCUGGUCGCCGUCCUGCAUGUGCUCGGGUAUUCACGCCUAAAGGAACUGACGCUGGAGGACCUGGAGGUAACCAGCCUGCUGCCGCCGCCGCCUGUGAAAGACCCUGGGCCAGCACUCUCUACCCUCAGAAUCCAUAACGUGUCCUGGGCAACAGGAGGUGCGUGGCUCAGCAAACUGCAGCAGUGGCUCAAGCCGGGCCUCAGGGUACUGAACAUUGCGCAAACACAUCCGCUUGCUUUCUCUUGCGCACAGCUCCGCACCUUCCCGACCCUUACCACCCUAGACCUGUCUGACAAUCCUGGACUGAGCGAGCGCGGGCUGACUACGGCCCUCUGUCCUCACAAGUUCCCGGCCCUCCAGGAUCUGGCGCUACGCAACGCGGGGAUGGAGACGCCCAGCGGAGUGUGCGCAGCGCUGGCGGCGGCGGGUGUGCAACCACACCGUCUGGAUCUCAGUCACAACUCGCUGCGCGCCGCCGCCUCGGACGAUCCCCGGUGUGUCUGGCCCCGCACACUGAACUCUCUCAAUUUGUCGUUCGCUGGGCUGGAGCAAGUGCCUAAAGGACUGCCGCCCAAACUCAGCGUGCUUGAUCUCAGCUGCAACAGGCUGAACAGAGCGCCACGGCCAGACGAACUGCCAGAGGUGAGUAACCUGACACUGGAUGGGAAUCCCUUACUGGACCCUGGAGCCCUCAAGCACCAAGAAGACCCGAUGCCCUCUGGGGUGGUCCCAGCCUGUGCGCGUUCCGCCUUGACCGUGGGCGUGUCUGGAACUCUGGCGCUGCUUCAAGGAGCCCGGGGCUAUGCCUGAAGCCCAGGGGAGAACAAUCCAUUGGCCUCAGAGUGCCCUGGCUUCUGGGGAGCCUCGUCAGGACGUCUCAACCAACCCACCCUCUACCCCCAUCUUCAUUAAAAUCUUAAACAAUG